CGUUGACAAGUAUUGAUCAGCCUUUUUCAUUUGGUGACGAAGUUUAAACUUAACAAUGAUCCAUAUUGAACUUGUAAUCGUUUUAGUUGUAGCAACUACUUCAAGUGUCCAGCCGAUUAGUGAAACGUGUGGUAAUAGUACACAAAAAGUAGAAGACGCUUUUCGUAAUGCAGGGAUAUUCGCGGAUCUGAAUUUAAGUCCACCCAGCGAUGGAAUGGGUUUUAUACGAGUAACUUACGGAAAGAAACAAGUUUCUUGUGGAACAUUGUUAUCCGUUACAGACGCUUUUCUCCCUCCUACCAUAAGUUAUGUCGCCGAGUCGAGUAACAAAUAUACGGUUAUUAGGCUUGAAGUCGAUUUUCCAACACGAACUUCACCAGUAGGUCGAUCAUACAUUCACUGGAUGAUAUUGAAUGUUCAAGGUAGUGAUAUGCGUUCAGGAAAUGUGGCAUCUUUUUAUGAGCCCCCUGGGUAUUUAUCGAUUGCUGAGCCUCAUCGAUACGCUUUUUUGGUCUUUAACCAGUCCAACGGUGAUAUUAAACCUGGCAUUGAAAACGGAAUACGAGCCAAGUUUAAUGUGUACCAAUAUGCCCAUGAUCAUGGCUUAAACAGUCCAGUUGCUGGCAAUUAUUUCUUUAUUGAAACAGUCUCAAUGAAUCCAGCAAAAGUCACAAUAUAACUUCAAUGAUUAUGAAUAAUUAAACUAAAUUUUGAUCUUA